UUGAACCAGUCAUUUAACACAAAACAUCAGGAUGAAGUUUAUUCAUUAUUCUGGUCUGAUCCAUCUGUUUGUGCUGUGUAUCCUAUUCACCAUUUUGACCAUCUUCGUCGUGAUGACGGGCACUUUUGGUCCAGGCAUGUGGCAAACUUUUGAUCCCUAUACAGCAUACGGGAAAUGGCCGACCAUAUUGAUGUACAUAAUGAGAUUUCUCACACUAGUACCAUUGCCUCUAUCUAUAUGUAACUUCCUAGGUAUUGUAAUGUUCAAUACAUUCCCAGAAAAGCCUAAAGUAAAAUCAUCGACACUUUUUGGACCAUUUCUCUGCUUUAGAGUAGUUACCCGUGGAACAUUUCCGGAACUAGUCAGAAAAAAUGUGAGUAGGAAUAUUGCCAUAUGUUCCGAGCUUGGUCUUGAUAAUUUUAUUUUUGAAGUAGUGACCGACACAGGUAUAAACUUGGCUAAAUCGUCCCGUACUCGUGAGGUAGUUGUGCCAACACAAUAUCAGUCUGCGAAAGGAUGUCUGUACAAAGCGCGAGCUCUCCAAUACUGCCUCGAGGACGACGUUAAUGUUCUAUCCGACAAUGACUGGAUCAUCCACUUGGAUGAGGAAACACUACUAACCGAAUCAUGUGUAAUUGGAAUCAUCAAUUUUAUAAACGAGGGGCUCUACAGUUUUGGUCAGGGUGCCAUCACAUAUGCCAAUGAAGAAAUCGUUUGUUGGAUUACCACUAUCGCCGAUUUAGUCCGUGUUGGAGUAGACUAUGGAAUCAUCCGAUAUACUCUUAAAUAUCUACACAAACCAUUGUUUAGCUGGAAAGGAAGCUAUGUGGUUUCAAAUGUUGGUGCGGAAAGAAAGAUAACCUUUGAUUUUGGAUCUGAAGGCAGCAUAGCAGAGGACUGUUUUUUUGCUUUGAGUGCAUGGCGAGAGGGGUACAAGUUUGGAUUCAUCGAGGGUGAAAUGUGGGAAAAAAGUACUUUCUCCUGCAUGGACUUCAUUCGUCAGCGGAAGCGGUGGGUUCAAGGUAUCAUCAUGGUCCUCCUCAGUCGUCAAAUUCCCGCCAGGAACAAGUUUGGGAUCUCUGUCAUGGUCCUUAGUUGGCUCGUUAUGCCAAUCACCGUGCCUAACCUUGUCCUCGUACCAUUGUGCCCUUUACCCAUGCCAAACAUCAUCAACUUCCUAUGUGGCUUCAUGGGGGGAGUAAUGCUCUUCCUGUUUGUAUUCGGGGCAGUAAAAUCGUUUAAUUAUCGUCGGACUGGAUUGUUGAAAUUCCUGUUUCUGUGUAUCUGCCCCAUUCUAAUGAUACCAGUAUGUGUAUUACUAGAGACAUGCGCGGUGACAUGGGCUCUUGUCUCCCAGAAACAAGGAGGGUUCCACAUCGUCAAAAAGGAAACUAGUCCAUCUCGCAUAGAAGUGUAACAUCAUCAUUAUAUUAUCAUAUCACUAUAUUCUCAG